UGAGAACCCCAAAUGUAAAUCUAUAUCUCCUUAAUUCUAUGCAAAGUUCUUUAUGCCCACUCGAAUCUCAUUUACAGCUUCGUUUUUUGACUUCUUCAAUCCUCCGAAACUACCAGAUGACACAGAAGAUCCUAAUUAUUGCGAUAUAAAUGCAAUUUUACAAAAUGAUUUUGAGCUCGGUUUCUACCUCAAGGAACGUGUCAUCCCAAAGGCUGUUAUGUUUUUCACAGGUGAAAUUGCCGAUUGCCAAAGCUCGGACUCGGAGUCGGAGUCGGAGGAGACAGCUGAUGAUGACGACGAUGAUGAUGACGACGAUGAUGAUGUCUCCUCCACCAAUGAUGUCAAUGACGAGUGAACUUAAU